AUGGCGCUCGCGACGGCAACAGAGACAGCGCCAAAGCGGCUGAACAAGAAACGCAAAGCGACGCACGCGAUCCGACGGGAGGAAAAACUGACUCUGGAGAACAAAGUGGCGGAGCUCGAAGCGGCGCUCGCAGAGAUCAAAUGUCGAGCGCUGUUGUCCCAGGGGCACGCGGCCGAGUCGUGUCGGGAGACGGCAGUGGAGAACGCAGUGCUACGUGAAUGCAUUCAGGACCACCACAUGGCCAUUGCCCACGUGCAAGCGCUGGUGUGUGGGCCGCCACUGCACGACGCGAGUGGCGUGCGACCGAUGGAGGCCAAGAUCUGUCUCAGUGCAGACCGAGUAGAGCGGAGGCGCGUACUGCAUGGACUGCGACGCGCGAAACUGCGUCGAGUGAAAGGCUUUCUGCACGAACGGAGCUACGGCAUGAAGACAAACACGUCGUGCUUCCAGGAAGAGAGGUACGAGUCGGUCGAGGGGGACUACUUUAUCACGCGGUUCGAGAUCACGCCGCUUCGCGGCGUGCAAGGAGGUGUACGAGCUGUAUUUGAGGCCGUUCUGCAAGCCGCAGUCAAUAUCGAGAUUAUCAUCUCCGAGACAUCGGGAAACAUCACAGUUCGUGAAGACGACGAUAUGUACGACGACAGCGUCUCGCAAAUGCGACUCGUGUCCGAGACAAAGCAAGGCGUGCUCGUGGAGAAUAACCUCGUGCAUUUCUCCGAAUAUUUGCAAGGCAAAUGUGGGUCAGAUGGCGACGGUGAUUAUGCAGUGUCAGCAUUGGACUUUGUCGACGAGGAUAUGCUGUACCCAUAUCGACCGCUUGAACGAAUCCGUCGUGAUGCAACGACGGCCAUGCUGCUAACGUCAUAUCGAGAGCCCCGCUCGACACGUGGCCGAGAACAGUCGAAGAAUGAAGGAGAGGUCGUAGUGGUGGUCACGCGUUGGUCUCGUGUGAGGAUAUGCCAUACAGAGAUGGACGUUUCUCGCAAAGUGCUGCAGGAGCUUCGUGCAAAUUGUGUACGAUCUCAAGAUACCUUUAUGAACUGUGUGCAAGAGGCACUUGGUCUUUCCGUGGACACAGCAUAG